GUUGAGCCACCGGAAUGUGGCCGAAUGUGCGUAGGUUGAACGUAAGCGAAUGGUUGUGACGCCCCAACCCCCAGCUCGCAAACUGGUUGAGUGAGGUCGCGAUACUAUCUCAAGUACUCAUACAUCUCAAUUGACGGGAGAUAUCGCGCAAUUGCCCAAUGUCCAUCAUCUCUUGCUAACCCCACGCAUCAUUAUGGAUGCCGGACUCUCCUCACUGGAGGCCACACUCUCGGCUCUCCUCGCGCGACGCGAAUCGCGUUCCCAAUUGCGACGCUUGACUACCGUCUCCCCUGGCAUGGUGGACUUCUCUUCAAACUCAUACCUCUCUCUGUCCAAUCAUCCCGACGUGCAGCGCGCAUACCUGGCCCUCCUGACGUCCCACAUCAACAAUCCCUCCCCGGCCACAUCGCCUCCAAUCCUUGGCUCGGGCGGUUCUCGACUGCUCGAUGGGAACAGCUCCUUCUCGGAAUCGCUGGAGCGCGACAUUGCCUCGUUCCACGGUGCACCCGCAGGCCUGCUUUUCAACUCCGGAUUCGAUGCCAAUGUCGGCCUCUUCAGCUGCGUGCCUCAACCAUCCGACAUCAUUAUCUACGACGAGCUCAUCCAUGCGAGCGUCCACGAUGGGAUGAAGCUGAGCCGGGCGGCGCAAAGACUGCCAUUUCGGCAUAAUACGGUAACGACGGAUAGCAGCGAUGCAGACAAAGGCUUGAAGGGCCUUGACGCUCUGCUCCGAGACCUCACCGCCGGUGUCCAAGGGAAAGAGUUGUUUGAGGGAAAGAAAAAUGCCUUUGUGGCUGUAGAAGGGGUUUACAGUAUGGAUGGAGACGUGGCGCCCCUUCAACAGGUUGUUAAGUGUGUUGAAAGGCGGCUACCGAAAGGGAAUGGCUACAUCAUCGUUGACGAAGCCCACUCGACCGGCAUCUUCGGCGCAAAAGGCCGGGGACUUGUCUGUGAAUUGGGCCUCGAAACACGAAUAUUCGCUAGAGUGCACACGUUUGGCAAGGCCAUGGGCUGCUCUGGGGCCAUUGUUCUCUCGUCUCACACAACCCGAGCCUAUCUCAUCAACUAUGCACGACCUCUGAUCUACACAACCGCCAUGGCGCUGCCCUCCCUCGCAAGCAUCAAAGUCACCUACGACUUCCUCAUGAACAACGGCGGCGAGCCGCUAAUGCGCAACUUGCAUGGACUCAUGAACCACACCCACAGCCUCCUCCAGUCCAUCUGCACUCGCUACAAGCCACCCGCAGAUCUUCUCCGCUUAGAUCCAACCCCACCGAAGUCGCCCAUCAUUCCGCUCUUCACUGCGCACCCCCGUAGCUUGGCGCAGCACUGUCAGCGCGGUGGGUUCAUGGUCCGUCCGAUUGUGGCUCCGACUGUGCCAGAGGGGAGCGAGAGAGUGAGGAUCUGCUUGCACGCGGGGAAUACCGCAAAGGAAGUCGAGGCGUUACUGGAAGCGGUGGAAGAGUGGUUACGCAGUCGCAUGGAAGGAGAUGCAGGCAAAACUAUUCGGGAUGGAGCGGAUUCCCGAGGACGGCUCACCGAGAGUAGUGCUAAGGUCCAGACAGAUGGAGAAAAGGCAAAAUUAUAGAUGGCUGCCAUAAGCCUAACAAAUUACUCUGUGACUUUUUGAAUAACAUUAUAUGUCAUGUGAGUGUCCUAUAGUCGCAAACGUAGGUACCUCUCAGGCUUGUCAUAGACUUCAG